GAUAUCGCUGAAGUAAGCGGCAGAUUUCAAUUGGCGUGGUUGAUUGAUUACUUCGUUAUCAUGAGUCGCAAACGAAAUCGCCCUGACGAUUGGGGCGACAUUGAGCCUUCACCUGUCGUUCAUAUUACUGACUUACCAGAGCAUACUCUAGAGAUUGACUUAGAGAAGCUUUUUGAUAGAUUUGGUCAUAUCGUUGAAAUAAUUAUGCUGCCUAAUAAAAGACAGUCGCUGAUAGAAUUCAAAGACCAAAAUGAUGCAGACCGAGUUGUCCAAAGAUCCGAAAAUUUUCCAUUCAUGGUUGGAAACCAACGUCUACGUUUAUCAUAUAGUACAUCUAAGCGAUUAACAAUUCGUGGUAGGUUAGAUGAUAGUGCGAUGCAAAAUGAUCGGUCUUCUCCACAAGAGAACAACAUUCUCCUUCUCACAAUUUACAAUGCUCAAUAUCCUAUAACAGUUGACAUAAUUCACCAGGUUACAAGUCGCCAUGGCAAAGUCUUAAGAAUAGUCAUUUUCCGUAAAACUGGUGUUCAAGCAAUGGUCGAGUUCGAAUCAAUCGAAGAUGCUCGCGAAACUAAACGCCAUAUUAACGGAGCUGAUAUCUACUCAGGUUGCUGUUCGAUCAAAGUUGAGUAUGCUAAGCAGACUCGUCUCAAGGUCGUACGAAACUGCCUCGACAGUUGGGAUUACGAAAAUCCAAAUUUGGAUGAAGUCAAUAAUCACGGACGACACUCCGGUACUUCAGCCGCUUCUUUACUGGGGAAAUUCGAUGGGGAUGCUAGCAAACGACCUGAUGCAUUUAUUCCCGGUGGUCUUACGCUGUCGCCUAAUUCUGUCUUAAAUGCUCUUGCUGUAGUUGCCUCUCAACAACAUCAACAAACCUCACCUCAAAGUAUCUAUUCUUACGGAUAUCCUGAUGUCAACGAUCGGACUGCCAGCCCUGUGAUCAUGGUCUACAAUUUGAAUAUGAAUUAUGCUAACUGUGAUAGAUUGUUUAACCUCUUCUGUCUCUAUGGCGACGUUGGGCCUAUCAAAUUCCUCCGUUCAAAGGAAGGCACGGCUAUGGUGGAGCUACAUGGGAUUGCCAAUGCAAACAGUGCUCUCGCAAACCUUCCUAUGAUCACUUUUGCAGGCAACAAACUUAGUGGUCAACUGAGUCGCCAACAGCACAUAGUCGAAGUCACUCAACCCUUCACCCUACUCGACGGCACCCCCUCUUUCAAGGACUUUACCAACUCUCGCAAUAAUCGCUACACCCACGGUAGUGCCGCGAAAAAUCGCGUCUACCCGCCCUGUCGAAUGCUGCAUUUCUGGAACUCACCUCCUGGUGUCACUACCUCCCAAUUGCAAAAUGUUUUCGCCCAUGCUGGGGCUCCAGUCCCCACGUACGUCCCUCAUUCUACCAUCGUCGUUUCAUCUCACAUUCUCAUUUUAGUCUGUGCUCUUGUUUUCUUCAUAUUUGGCUUUUUCUCAUUUGCUCUCCCUCUCUCUCCCUUUCAUAUGAAUUUCGCGAUAAGAUCGAUCCUCCUCUCGGUUUAUCGUGAUGAUUUAUUUUAUUUUCGGGAUUGUUUUUUGCCCUCGGGUUAUGUGCUUACAAUGCCGACCAAGUCAUGCUGUCUGGCUAGCAUCAUGCAAAUGGGAAUUUGGUCGGAUUAUUAUUGCGAAUUGAUAUAUCCAGCCCUCCCAGUAGAUGAUUUUUCCUGA